AUCCACAGUCCCUUCUCUUUUUCACCACUUAUUAAUCUCAUAUAAAUAAAUUUGAAAAUAUAAAAAAAUAAAAAUCUUCAUUUUCACGCUCUCUUUCUCUCUCUGGAAAUUGUCGCCAUUGUUGCAGGGAAUCUCUUGCUCUUUAGAAGCUCUUCAAUUUUUCUUUUUCAGAAGGCCGGCUUUUGAAUAAUCUAUCGCUCUAAAGGAAAAGUUUUUGAGAUUGGAAUAGUAUUUCAAAGCUAGAUUCAGAUGGAUUCUUCGCAGUCACACCAGAGAAGAGGGGGUUUGGUUUCGUUAUCGCCAUCACAGACUCCGCGGUCAAGUGAUAAAGCAGUUCGAGAUCUGCGAUCAGGUGAAUCAAAUUCGAGUAGCAAACAUGAUAAAGAAAAGGGCGUCAAUGUACAAGUCAUCGUGCGUUGCAGGCCAUUGAGUGAAGAUGAGUUGAGAUUGCAUACUCCUGUGGUGGUCUCUUGUAAUGAGGGUAAAAGGGAAGUUUCAGCUAUUCAGAAUAUUGCUAACAAGCAGAUUGAUAGAACCUUUCUAUUUGACAAGGUUUUUGGUCCAACAUCCCAACAAAAACACUUGUAUGACCUGGCAGUGUCUCCAAUUGUGUAUGAAGUUCUUGAGGGUUAUAACUGCACCAUCUUUGCCUAUGGUCAGACAGGGACAGGGAAGACGUACACAAUGGAAGGAGGAGCCAGGAAGAAGAAUGGGGAAUUUCCAAGUGAUGCCGGUGUCAUCCCUAGAGCAGUUAAACAAAUUUUUGACAUAUUAGAAGCUCAAAAUGCUGAGUAUAGCAUGAAAGUUACAUUUUUAGAGCUGUACAAUGAGGAAAUAACAGAUCUUUUGGCCCUGGAGGAAACUUCAAAAUUUAUAGAUGACAAAUCUAAGAAACCUAUAGCUCUUAUGGAAGAUGGAAAAGGGGGUGUUUUUGUAAGAGGCUUGGAAGAAGAGAUAGUUUAUACUGCAAAUGAAAUUUACAAAAUCUUGGAGAAGGGUUCUGCGAAAAGGCGUACAGCAGAAACUUUACUUAACAAGCAAAGUAGCCGUUCUCACUCAAUAUUUUCCAUCACCAUCCACAUUAAAGAAUUUACUCCUGAGGGUGAAGAGAUGAUCAAAUGUGGAAAGCUGAAUCUUGUUGACCUUGCUGGUUCAGAAAAUAUUUCACGUUCUGGUGCACGAGAGGGCAGAGCAAGGGAGGCAGGGGAGAUUAAUAAGAGCUUGCUUACACUUGGUCGUGUGAUCAAUGCCCUUGUUGAGCAUUCUGGUCAUGUACCAUACAGGGAUAGCAAACUAACAAGACUGUUGAGGGAUUCAUUGGGAGGGAAAACAAAGACAUGCAUAAUCGCCACUAUAUCGCCCUCUAUUCAUUGUUUGGAAGAAACACUUAGCACUCUAGAUUAUGCACAUCGUGCCAAGAAUAUCAAGAACAGACCAGAGAUCAAUCAGAAGAUGAUGAAAUCUGCAAUGAUAAAGGAUCUGUACUCUGAAAUUGACCGGCUGAAACAAGAGGUAUAUGCUGCAAGAGAAAAAAAUGGAAUUUAUAUCCCACGAGAUCGCUAUCUUCAAGAUGAAGCUGAAAAGAAGGCAAUGGCUGAAAAAAUAGAGCGCAUGGAACUUGAAUCAGAAUCCAAGGACAAGCAAAUAAUGGAGCUUCAGGAACUCUACAAUUCUCAGCUACUAUUGACAGCAGAAUUAAGUGAGAAACUUGAAAAAACUGAGAAAAAGCUCGAGGAAACUGAAAAUUCAUUGUUUGAUCUCGAAGAAAAACACAGACAGGCAAAUGCAACAAUAAAAGAGAAGGAGUUUUUGAUAUCUAAUCUCCUCAAAUCCGAGAAAGCUCUUGUUGAACGUGCAUUUGACCUUCGAGCAGAACUAGAAAAUGCUGCAUCAGAUAUAUCCAAUUUAUUUGCCAAAAUUGAGCGGAAAGAUAAAAUUGAAGAUGGAAACAGAGUACUCAUCCAGAAAUUUCAGUCUCAAUUGACCCAGCAGCUUGAGAUCUUGCAUAGGACUGUCGCAACUUCAGUGACACGACAGGAGCAGCAACUGAAGGACAUGGAGGAAGACAUGCAGUCUUUUGUGUCAACAAAGGCUGAGGCCACUCAAGAACUUCGAGGAAGGGUUGGAAAACUGAAAGCGAUGUAUGGUUCUGGUAUCCAAGCAUUGAAUGGAAUGGCUAAGGAGCUUGAGGGAAAUUCUCGGUCAACUUUUGGUAAUCUAAAUUCUGAAGUUUCCAGGCAUUCACAUGCUCUUGAGGGUCUUUUCGAAGGAAUUGCUUCAGAAGCUGAUGCACUGCUAAAUGAUCUCCAAAGUAAUCUUCAUAUGCAAGAAGAGAAGCUAGCUAUGUUUGCAAAACAGCAGCAUCAGGCACAUUUCAGGGCAGUGGAAACUGCACGAUCAGUUUCUAAAAUAACUGUGAACUUUUUCAAGACUCUAGACAUGCAUGUGUCCAAUCUGACCCAAAUUGUGGAAGAAGCACAAACAGUUAAUGAUCAGAAAUUGUCUGAACUGGAAAAGAAGUUUGAGGAGUGUGCUGCUAACGAAGAAAGGCAAUUGUUGGAAAAGGUGGCGGAGCUGCUUGCAAAUUCAAAUGUGAGGAAGAAAAAACUGGUCCAAACGGCAGUGCAUGAUCUCCGGCAGAGUGCAAACAGCAGAACCAACAAACUACAGCAAGAAAUGUCAACCAUGCAGGAUUCCACGUCUUCUGUUAUGGCUGAAUGGACUGUCCACAUGGAUAAAACAGAAACCAACUAUCUUGAGGACACUUCUGCAGUGGAGAGUGGAAAGAAGGACCUGGAGGAUGUUCUUCAUAACUGUUUGAACAAGGCAAGAAUGGGUGCACAACAGUGGAGGGAUGCACAAGAGUCCUUGCUCAACCUGGAAAAGGGCAAUGUUGCUUCUGUGAAUUCCAUUGUUAGUGGAGGAAUGGAGGCCAAUCAAAUCUUAUGCACACGAUUUUCAUCUGCUGUAUCAGCUGCCCUUGAAGAUGUAGAUGUUGCAAACAAUGAUUUGCUAUUGUCAAUUGAUCAUUCAUUAAAACUUGACCAUGAUGCUUGUGGAAAUAUCAAUUCCUUGAUUACUCCUUGUUGUGAAGAUCUGAGGGAAUUGAAGGGUGGUCAUUACCAUAAGAUUGUAGAAAUUACAGACAAUACUGGGAAAUGUCUUCAGGAUGAAUAUGUGGUGGACGAACCAUCUUGUUCAACACCAAGAAAGAGGUCGUUCAAUCUGUCAAGUGUUGCAUCAAUCGAGGAACUGAGAACUCCGGCUUUUGAGGAAUUGUUAAAAUCAUUCUGGGAUACAAAGUAUGCAAAGCAAGCAAAUGGAGAUAUAAAACAUUUGGCUGCAGCAUAUGAAGCUUUGAGAGACUCUAGAGUUCCUCUCACUGCUAUUAACUAGAGUAAAAUGGAACACGGCAGAUAGAAGCAGUAAGAAAAGGUUGUGUACAGAAUACAUGGGGGUGUGGAGUAUGAGAUUUUCUCUUGCCUAUCUUUAUUCAUUGAUUGUUUGCUUAAAGAAAGUUCAUUGUGGAUGUAGAAAUAUAUGAUAGAUUCUUUCAUGUUUUAUUUUGUUCACUGAGACUCUGCUCUCUCGAAAACGGUUAUUCAAUAACUGAAGAGGGCUCUCUUUUAAUUAGAAAACUUUGUAUGGAAAUUGGAAAUUAAAGAAAGGUAUUAACAGCUAUACGAAUUUAUGGAA